AUGAUGGACACUAGGGGAAAUGCGACUACGUACGGCAAUGGGAAAGGGAAUGCAGAUGUCGACGUCGACAUCGAGAUGAAAGGCGAAAGCGAUGCAGAAUCACAAGCACAAACACAAGUACAAACACUCCUACUGGACCAAAUCGACGCCGCUCUCGAUUAUAUUCGGUCAAAUCUGGCGAAUAUUCUGCGCACCUGGGGCCGAGAGAGUCCGCAGUACAGGGAUGCAAAGGAGAUUAUGCAGGCGUAUCUGGUGGAGAAUAUGGAGAGGUUCAAGUCUGCAACUGCUGCCGCUGCAGAUGGCAGUGUUUCGACGCCGGGAACUUCACGUACACGACCAGUUGCUGGAGAUGGCGACGUGGAAACAAAGGAGAUGAAAGAGGAAAAUCUCCAGAAGCCAGGACAGAGAGAAAGGAAAAGGGAGCGGUUAAAGGAAAUUGAAGACGGGAUCGAGGCGUUGAUGAGGGACUUGAGACUUUGA